UUUUUUUUUCUUUUCUUUUUUUACCCUACUUGUCUAUGGAUUUUUGACUGGAUGAUUGAUCCCUCUGAAAGGAAUAGAAUGGGGAAAAUGAAAAAAAGAAAAAGCUCUAGCAGUAAAGUCCUCACCGCUCCCCAAGGAUGACUACCGAAUCAUGCAUCCAGAUUAUUACACUAUCAACUCUCCUUCCUCUUCUGUCUUGGUGUCCUGUCCUUUCUUUUCUUUUCUUUUUUUUCCCCUCUAAGUCUUCUCCGGAUACGGAUACUAUCGGGCGGAUAGGUGUGUGUUGAAACGAAAGGGUUGUCCCUGGGCCAGGCUUAAGCUCUGAUAGGAUCUCUAGCCGGAGUGAGAUCUCCUGUACUAGUCAGCGAUCAAUCCACCAAGAAAUGGACGGAGAUAUCCUCACCUGUCAGACUUCAGCUGCAUGCCAUCUGGGUGCACAGGCCAGAGCAAGCAACUUCUCUCUUCUCUUUCAUCUAUCGACCCGGAAAAAAGAAUCAUCUCUUCUCAUCUAGGUAAAACUGAUAGAUACCUAACCAAGACAACACAUCCUGAGAAAAGAAAUGAGUGGGAAAUGAAAAGCGAGAAGGGAGAGGGGAAGUCUCAAUCAACAGAACAACUUGUGCAAAGCACAGAUCUCUGUCACUGCUGCGAUCAGCCUUUCCAACGGCAUAGCCAGGAGUCCACACGUUCGGUCCCGACGUAUGACGAUCACGGUCGUACUAUUGUGCAUGAUGCCAUCCACAACCUGUCCAAGGCCCUGUUCACACACGUUCAGCCCCAGUUGGAAGUGGUUAUCCACACGGGGGUUCUCGGAAUAUGGCUAGCACAGUGGGUCUUAUUGCUAUCAGUCAGCAUCUUGUGUAUGUACAGGCAUGGGUAUGGAGAAAUAGACAAGUUCGAGCACCGCUAGUCCCAGGUGUUGCCUAUUUUGUUUAGUUCAUACCACCUCUUUCAUCGGCUCGGUUUGGAUUGCAAUGAUUUCCUGCAUGUUGGGUCUAGCUCUGACUUACCCCGUUCGUGUCGUCGUUGCAUUGCUCUUUCUUUUCUCCAUAAUGAUCCUUCCGAGACUUGGCGCUAAUCGUUAUAGGGGGUGGGGGAAUGCCCUGGUUUGCUUCGUCGUUGUUCGGUCGAGAAGGGGAUUCAACCGGUGUGCGAAAGCUACAUGUGCUGUGCUGGGGCGCUUGUCGAUCUUGAGGUAGAUGCAAGGACUUAGCAUGAGGCUGUAUGGCACUGGUGCAGUGUCAGGGCCGUUUUU